AUGCAGACCACCGGUCAGCAGAUCAACCCAGGAUGGCUCGGACCACCUGCCUGUCAGGGCUACAGUGCGCGGUGGGUGCAGGAGUUCAGCGUGCCCACGGACCUGAAGUACUCCCAGUUCCUCAUGCACUCCGUGGAGAGCUUGGACAGCGACGUGCUUGCCGAGAUCCAAUGUGCCCUUCGCAUCGUCCCGAAGAAGAGAGGCAAACCGGCGGUUGACCUGCUGAAGCUCCCCACCACGGUGCCUUCGUUCCGGGAAGACGCGGGCCGGAUCAAAGUCGCGUCGGUUCUGCGGGCUUUUGCCUGUUGGAAGCCAGAUGUCGGCUAUCAGCCCGAGCUCGCGCUGCUGGCUGCGCACAUCAUGGCUGUGGCUGGAAAUGAGCGCGUGACCUUUCAGGCGUUGGCUACCACCUACAGGAAGUACCAUCUGCAAGACUACUUCGAGGGCGCGGACACACAGGAAGCAAUCGUGGGCGAUGCGGAGAAGAUUUGGGCCGCGGCACGAUUGUAUUUUCCUGACUUAGCCCAUGCAUUCAGCCGCUUCGGCAAGAAGAAGCUCUUUCUCUCUGUGGUUUCGUCGCUCUUGUCGAAGUUGCUGACUCAGACCUACCGUCCAGAUCUGCAGCCCUUCGAGCAUCACGUUCGACUGCUGCACAACUUCCUGCUUCCGGUCGGGGACUACGACCCCGAAGAUCCUCGAGCACAGCUUCGCCGACUGGUGCUGGUCAUCAUGGCAAGGCAUGAGGAGUCCUUUCUGCAGAGCAGUGAAGCCGAGAUCAAGGACGUGAUCCGGGAUGUGGUGCCUCGCGUGGACAGCGUCUUGAUCGAGAUGCUGAACGCCAACCACCCGAUGCCCGACAUCCCCUCAGGUCCCUUGUGGCCCUCCCUACUCCUCACCGGAUUGGGGGCCGUCCUCGCCUACGACAUGGCAAGCCCCUGGGGCAUGGCGGCCCAGGUCACGUGGACCACGGGCGCGGCGGUCUCCGGCUUCGUCUACGGGGCCUUGCAGUCGGCGCAGGUGAGCGUGGAGGCGGCGGUGCUCGCGAACCGGGCCUUCAUGCUUCAGGGCGACAAGGCGGAGGUGUCAGAGGAUGAGUCGGACUAG